AUGUACCAGAGCUUGGCGCUGGCCCCGAGCGUCGGCCAGGCCGCCUACGGCGAUGCGGGCGCCUUCGUGCACGCCCCGGGCGCCGGCUCCCCGAUGUUCCUGUCGUCGGCGCGCGGUCCCUCCAUGCUGCCCUACCUGCCCGCGUGUGAGCCGGGCCCGCAGCCGCCUGCGCCUGCUGCGCACCCGGGCUGGGCGCAGGCGGCCUCCGCGGACUCGACCUUCGGCUCCGGCAGCCCGCAGCCGCCCGCAGCGUCCGCCUUCCCCUUCGCGCACAGCCCCCCGGGGCCCGGCAGCGGCGGGAGCCGGGACGGCGGCGCCUACCAGGGCGCGCUGCUGGCUCGGGAGCAGUUCCCGGCCCCAAUCGCGCGGCCCGGGGGCGCCUCCUACGCUGCCGCCUACCCGGCCUACGUGAGUCCCGAAGGAGCCCCGACCUGGACGGCCGGGCCCCUGGAUGGCGGCGUCCUGCACGGCUUACAGGGCCGCCCGCCCGGCCUCCCGGGCCGCAGGGCCGCAUUCGCAUCCGACUUCCUGGAGGAGUUCCCCGGCGAGGGCCGCGAGUGCGUGAACUGCGGGGCCCUGUCUACGCCUCUGUGGCGCCGCGACGGCACCGGCCACUACCUGUGCAACGCCUGUGGGCUCUACCACAAGGUGAACGGCGUCAACCGGCCACUUGUGCGGCCCCAGAAGCGCCUGUCCUCGUCCCGCCGCGGCGGCCUUUGCUGCGCCAACUGCCACACCACGCACACCACGCUGUGGCGCCGGAACACGGAGGGGGAGCCCGUGUGCAACGCCUGCGGCCUCUACAUGAAGCUGCAUGGGGUGCCGCGGCCACUGGCCAUGAAGAAGGAGAGCAUCCAGACACGGAAACGCAAGCCCAAGAACCUGGUGGCCAAGGCCAAGGGCUCCUCAGGACUCACCACAGAUGUCACCACCUCCCCGCCCACUGCCGCCGACACAGAGACCUCAGCCGCUACUCUGAAACCUGACCCCGGCCUGGCGUCCCCAGCGUGCCCCGGGCCCAGCGUCGCCUCACAGGCCCCCAGCCCGAUGGACGACCCCCUGGCCCCUGGCCACCUGGAGUUCAAGUUUGAGCCCGAGGACUUUGCCUUCCCCUCCUCGGCCCUGGGCCCCCAGGCUGGCCUUGGAGGGGCCCUGCGCCAGGAGGCCUGGUGUGCGCUGGCCUUGGCCUAG